UUAGAAGCUGAUGGCUUGCACCCAAUGCCAUCUGCUCCUUCGACAGUCUGAAGAUAAAUCAGUUUAUUUUUGCAUUCCGGAUGGAAAAUUGUUUCCAUAGGUCAGUGGACUUUCUCCAUUCAUGGGUGAUAAUGACAAUGAAACUCUUGCCAAUGUAACGUCUGCUACCUGGGAUUUUGAUGAUGAUGCCUUUGAUGAAAUUUCGGAUGAUGCCAAAGACUUCAUUGACAAUCUACUGAAAAAAGACAUGAAACAUCGAAUGAACUGUGAUCAGUGUCUUGAACACAAGUGGCUGAAAAAAGAUGUUAAAAACAUGGCAGUGAAAAAGCUUUCAAAGGAAAGAAUGAAGAAGUACAUGGCCAGGAGGAAAUGGCAGAAAACAGGGCAUGCAGUGAGGGCAAUAGGGCGGCUGUCCUCUAUGGCAAUGCUAGCUGGUCUAAGUGGGAAGAAGUCCUCACAGGGAAACAUGCCCACCAGUCCUCCAGAUUCCGCUGAAAAGCUAGAAACCGAAGCUGAUGAAGCCAAGAUGCUUCUUGAGGCAGUUUCUGAAGAAAGGCAAAGCUUUAAGCCUUAUUUUUCCAAGACCUUUAAAGACAGUGAAGUUAUAGAAGGCAGUGCUGCUCGCUUUGACUGCAAGAUCGAGGGCUACCCUGAUCCUGAAGUUAUCUGGUUCAAGGGUGAACAGCCUAUCAAGGAGUCUCGUCACUACCAAAUUGAAUAUGAUGAAGAUGGAAACUGCUGUUUGAUUAUUUCUGAGGUAUCUGCACAUGAUGAUGGCAAAUAUACUUGCAAGGCCAUCAACAGCCUAGGAGAAGAAACCUGGACAUCUGAGCUUAUUGUGGAAGUGAUGGAAGAAGGCGAGAUGAGUAACACUAAGUCAAAGUAAAAGUGUUGCUUGUUGGGAUGAGCCUUUUCUUUGAUGUUAGAUUCUAUACUACUAAAACCCAUGUUAAAAAAGGUUUGACUAUGCAACAUUCUUUGUUCAUUUCCAAGGGAUGGAAGGUGUUUAUGAAUAUAUGCAUUCUAUGCCUAUGAAAUCACUAUAGAAUAUUGCAGUCAUGCCCAGAGUUUUAAGAUUAGAACCCACCCACUUACCUAAUGAUGGAUAUAUCUCCAUGUGACACCACAGCAUAUGUACUUUAUAUUCAAGGUUCAGUUUCACCCACAUUCACCAAUUUACAGCAAUAAUCACUUUCUUUCUCAGAGGAAUUUAGGAAUUCUUUGGCCCGAAUGCUUCUGAACCAGUUAUUUUGAAACCUACCAAUUUAAUGAUUUGGUUCAUUGACCCAGUUCUUUGUACAUCCCGAUUUGCAUUUACAGAUGUAUGAGAGGCCGAUGAUUUCCUUGUUUAUGGAUCUCAUCCGCCUUCUUCACUUGCAGAUAUAUGGAACUUUCUGUGAUCUAAAAGAUAUUUUAAACACAUAUUUUGUUUACAUUACACUGCACCUUUUACAUUUUUUAUGUUUUCACAUUGCUUUUUAUGUGUCACUGAUAUGGUUUUUGACAAUAAUACAGUUGAUGCUUUUACUGGGUUUGUAACACAGAUCUCAGACAGAAGUUCAACACCCCAACUUCUUUUCAUCAAGCAACUAUUCAUUUUUAUUUCUACAUACACAAAAAAUACAGCUUGGUUUAUGAUUUACAAUAAAACCUUAAGAAUGUAAACGUCACAGAAAUGUAACAUUGAUUACCAAAUCCUUCUGUUUGAAAAUUGAACAGAAAAUUAUUUUUAAUAUUGUUGUAUCACUUUACAAUAUGCACUUUGAAUCUAAAACCAAAAUUGAGAAUGGAACUCACAAAUAAUUCAAUUUAUACAACCUGAAUGUAAGGAUAAUGCCAUAAGACAUUGCAAAGUGUGUUGUUAUAUAGUACUGAACUAAAAUUCAAGUUGGAGAAUAAAUAGACUGUGUUUAGCAUUGUCUAAUCCAGUUGCUUGUUGAUGCAGUAGAGAGAUCCUGCACUUAAACUCAAAAGUCCUAAUUCUCUGAGGUUUCACCCAGAGCAUGGAGCUUGGCUGGCAAUGAGCACAGAUUAGAAAACCCUUCACUUCACAUCUUAAUUCCCAUUGGGCUCAACAUUUUAGGUCUAAUUUUAAUUAUUCUUUGUAUUUCUAAUUACAUUUUGUAUUAUUUGCUUCUGAAAGUUUCCCCACUUUGUCCUUUUUGCUUGGCCAAUGUUUUCCUUUAUUAUUCUUGGUUUCUGCUGACUUUUAAAUCAUCCCAUGCUAAUUAGCGAGGUAUUCCUUCAGGAGGUCCAAAUAUAUUGCAUAACUUAAAGAAGAAUUUGGUUGUAAAUGAAGAGUUCAACAAUUGGAGAUGCAGAUAUACCUGAGCUGCUUUGCCCUGUACCCAGCACUGCCUCCAAGACCAAUGUUUUCCACACUUACCUGGACAUAUCAGAGAGAGAAUUCUCUUUGUUCACAAGAGCAACCAAUACAGAAAUGUAUAGGAUAACCUGUAAACAGCAUUUGGAAGAGGAACAGGUUUUUCAAAGAAGGGAAGGUCACCACAGCAUGAAGUUUUCAAGCCACCUCAUACUUCCAAUACAUCACAAUGGACACCUGCUGCAUCAGGAAGGGGACAAUGAAUCAUUUUCCCUGAGUAGCGGAGGCAUCAGCUGUAUAGUUCACCUACCUUUCACUGGGUGGCAGACUUUCCUUGAGUAAAAUACAUUAUAGAUGGCACCCAUGUAGGCAUCAUGGCAUCUCACAGCAAACCCUUGGCCUACUUGUACAGAAAAGGUUUUACUCAAUUACAAGAAGGUUUAUUCCUCAUUUGAAGCCAGUUAUAAGGUUGGCUGCAUUGCUUCAGUCAGAGACAUCACUCCAUGCUAAUUUCAUCUAGAAUAUUGUACUAAAAAUUGAACUUCAGCUACCAAUAGGAAGACUUUUCUUGGGUGCACCUGCUGCUGCAAGAUCUCCAAGCUUUCAGCACCAAAAGUAGCAGUACUGUCCACAUGUUCACCCAUAUCAUUGUCAACAAUGAGUCAAUAUUUCUGUCAAUGCCAUAAAUUGCCCUUUAAUGACAAGCUGCAGCCUAUGGUGAGGUUUACCAUUUAAUUCAGGUUAGGGGAGGUAAUCCUGCUCAAAAAUUCAACAAGAUCCACCCUCUGUGCCAAUUCAGUCAAGUCUAUAAUGGACCAACUCAGCCACCUUUGCUAUCAUUAGAAAAUCAAGGUUGUUGUAUUAACAUGAGACCAUGUUAGACUACACCCUGUGUAAAUUUGAUCUGAACCAGUAUCGCACCUCCAAAUUUGAAUUGAUACUGUGCCAAAAAGUUAAAAUUGCUGACCAUGGGUUAGUUGCAAAGUGCAUGCAUCAUAAUUAUUGUUGUGUCAUAUUCAUAUCUAAGCUUACAAUGUAUAUAAUGCUGAAUGUCACAUAACAUGUGAAAUGAAGUAGUUAAGUCAAUUUAAGUUUGGAUGAUAGACAGCAGCAGUCCAAGUAAAAGGGAGUUAUAGUUGAGCAUUUUACAUUUUAAGUGAGUUGGUUUGGCAACCAAUUUGUAUUUGGAAGUCAUACUAGUUUCCAAUCAUUUAUAAUGACAUAAAUAAACUGUUUUGGAUUGUAAUAAAAAUAUUUUCAUAAUUUAAAUUUAAA